CACGCAGGGUACUGGCAUUAUUAGCCAAGAAUCCCUGGAUCGGCCGUCGAGUGUUCCUGUGGGGAGCCUUAGCCACCGGAACAGUGCUGGCGCCCUGGGCUCUUGCCCAACAUGCAGGCUACCAGCGCGACGACGGGCAAGAUGCCGCUCUCGCCUGGCACGCAGGGCACCAGCAUUAUUAGCCAGGAAUCCCCCACCGGAACAAUGCUGGUGCUCUGGACUGCCAGUGCGACGACGGGCAAGAUGCCGCUCUCGCCUGGCACGCAGGGCACCAGCAUUAUCAGCCAAGAAUCCCUGACCAAGCACCUCCAGCAGCAGGAAGGCCGCACACACAGGCUUGACCAGCCUUUGGCAAGCCUCGCCCAUCGGUUAGUUUUUUGGUCGCGAAAGCAAGUUUCCGUCCUGAUGACUGGCGAGCACAAGACCGGGCAGCUGCAGCUGCAGCUGCACCUCUCGCCCAGUCUUGUGCUCGCCGCUGGCCGCAACCAAGACGUCACCCUUGGUUGCGGCCUCGGCAGCUGCACUUCUCGCCCGGUCUUGUGCUCGCCGCUGGCCGCAGCCAAGACGGCCAAGGCCAAGCGUAAAAACAAGAAGAAGAAGCCGCCGACGCACGCCGAGGGCGCAACCUAG